GCUAAAUUUCACAAAUGGGACUCACAUAGUGUUAAGUCAAUCUUACUUGAUAUAUUGAAAAAUUGUGCUCUAAAAGUAGAGUGAAGACUCGUUUGCACUGUGAUAGCACUCUCAGAGCUAGGGAGCAUUUUAUGUACUUCUCAGUCUAGUUCACACUGGUGUUCCUCUUUGAAAGCCCCAGUUUUAAUUGUGGUUUAUUGGGUUUUUUCUUCCUCUUCUGUGAUUAUAUAUCUCUACUGAGUUCUGAAACUCAUGCAGACUUACGAUCUGGAUGUGAAUUAUGAUUCCUGCCUACACAGUAAGCCUGUUGUGGGUUUUAGCUACAUUUCUUGCUGUUACCCUUGAAGACCAAGGAGAUAGCUGUAAUCAUCCACCUAGGUUAGACUUUGCUGAACUUGCUGAUGAAUAUAAAGUGAAGAAUUCCUUUCCCGUUGGCUCAACUGUGAAAUACAUCUGCCGUCCAGGCUACGUUAGAAGUAAACCAAAGAUCUCUCGAAGAUGCCUUCAGAACCAGGAAUGGUCAGAACUUGAGGAAUUUUGCAAAAAAAAAUCAUGUGGACAUCCUGGAGAACCAAAAAAUGGCUGGCUGCAUGUAUCAGGAGAUUUCCUUUUGGGUGCCACUGUAAAGUAUAGCUGUGUUGAAGGAUACAGGUUAAUUGGCCAUUCUUCCAGGAGAUGCAUAGUUUCUGACAAAAAAGUAGAGUGGACACAUGACAUUCCCUUUUGUGAGCCUAUUCCAUGUUUCCCUCCACCAGAUGUUCCUCACGGCAAACACAAUGGCCAAAAUAUGGAUAAUUUUUUUGUUGGGACAGUUGUGACAUACACCUGCGACAAAGGCUACCCCCUUGUUGGAAAUGCCUCUAUCUACUGUAUUACUGAGGAUGGGUUAAACGGAGUGUGGAGCGGCCGUGCCUAUUGUGGAGUGGUGCAGUGCCAGCCACCCCCAAAUAUCCAAAAUGGGUUUCACAGCAAGCAAGAAGGUGAAAUGUUUUCCCAUGGAAUGUCUCUGACUUACACAUGCCAUCCAGGCUACAUACUUCUUGGACAGGAAACAAUUUAUUGCACAGCAUCAGGCACAUGGUUUCCCUCUGCCCCGCACUGCAAAGCUGUGGAAAGGAUGCUCACCACAGUGUCGAAGAAUGCAGACAGCAAGUUGAUUGAUAAAAAAACCAAGGAAGAAAGCAAGAGGGAUAUAGUGCCAGGGCCACCAAGAGACACAGGACAUAGCUGUAAUCGUCCACCUAGGUUAGACUUUGCUGAACUUGCUGAUGAAUAUAAAGAAAACAAUUCCUUUCCCAUCGGCUCAACUGUGAAAUAUACCUGCCGCCCAGGCUACGUUAGAAGUAAACCAAAGAUCUCUCAAACAUGCCUGCAGAAUCAGGAAUGGUCAGAACUUGAGGAAUUUUGCAAAAAAAAAUCAUGUGGACAUCCAGGAGAACCAGAACAUGGUCGACUGCAUGUAUCAGGAGAUUUUCUUUUCGGGGCAGCUAUACACUAUACCUGUGAUGAAGGAUACAGGAUCAUUGGUCAUUCUUCCAGAAGAUGCAUAAUUUCUGGCAAAAAAGUAGAGUGGGACCAUGGUGUUGUUUUUUGUGAGCAUAUUCCGUGUUUCCCUCCACCAGAUGUUCCUCACGGCAAACACAAUGGCCAAAAUAUGGAUAAUUUUUUUGUUGGGACAGUUGUGACAUACACCUGCGACAAAGACUACCCCCUUGUUGGAAACGCCUCUAUCUACUGUACUACUGAGGAUGGGUUAAACGGAGUGUGGAGCGGCCGUGCCUAUUGUGGAGAGACACACUGUCUACCUCCUCAUGUAGAGAAUGGAAGGAUAGUCACUGGCAAAUCUAACAUCUAUACCUAUAGCCAAAUGGUCACAAUUGACUGCAAUGUUGGUCACAAGAUAUCUGGCUCAAGAGAGAUUAGUUGCCAAGUGGAUGGCACAUGGGAUCCAGCUAUACCUACUUGUAAACAGGUGGUGCAGUGCCAGCCACCCCCAAACAUCCAAAAUGGGUUUCACAGCAAGCAGGAAGGUGAAAUGUUUUCCCAUGAAAUGUCUGUGACUUACACAUGCCAUCCAGGCUACAUUCUUUUUGGACAGGAAACAAUUUAUUGCACAGCAUCAGGCACAUGGUCUCCCCCUGCCCCGCACUGCAAAGGAGGCAGCUGUGGCCCUGCAUUAAAGCUUGACUUUGCUGUGGUUGCAGAGAACUUUAAAGAAAACAAGUCCUUUCCAAUUGGCUCUACAGUGAAAUAUUUCUGUCGUUCAGGGUACUAUAGGCACCAUGGACUGAAUGCCUCUCUUACAUGCAUUCAAAAUCAGGAGUGGUCAGAAAUUCAGGAAUUCUGUAUACGAAAGUCAUGUGGAAAUCCUGGUGAACCAGAGAAUGGCAGGCUGCUUGUAUCGGGAGAUUUUCUUUUUGGUUCUACUAUAAAUUACACCUGUGAUGAAGGGUUCAAACUAAUUGGUGAAUCUUCCAGACAGUGUGAGGUAUCUGGCCGAAAAGUAGCCUGGACCGGUGGCCUUCCCCUUUGUCAGAGUAUUUCGUGUUUGCCACCACCAGAUAUUCUCCACGGCACACACAAUGGCAGAAAUCUAGACAACUUUGCCUAUGGGAUAGCUGUGACAUAUACUUGUGACAAAGGCUACCCCCUUGUUGGAAACGCCUCUAUCUACUGCACUACUAAGGAUGGGUUAAAUGGCGUGUGGAGUGGCCGUGCAUAUUGUGGAGUGAUUGGCUGCCCAUCUCCACAAGUUGAGAAUGGAAAAACAGAAUAUGGCCCUUCUGGCACCUAUAGAUAUAAUCAAAGAGUUACCUUUGGCUGCAAUGCUGGCCACAGAUUAAUUGGCUCUAGAGAAAUCUACUGCCAAGUGGAUGGAACAUGGGAUCCUCCCGUCCCUCGUUGUGAACAGGUCAUUGGAUGUAAAAUUCCAGAAAUUCAGAAUGGAAGAGCAACAGUAUCCCAAGCACUAGUCAAACCUACAGGGACAAUUACGUUUGAAUGUGACUCUGGCUAUCUCCUGAAAGGCAACCGGACAAUUGCAUGCAAAUCUGAUGGCAUGUGGGAUUCUCCUGUGCCAGCCUGUGUCAUGGAAGUUCAAUGCCAGUUACCCCCAUGUGUUAAAAAUGGAAAUCACAAUAAGCAGGAGGUGACUAUCUUUACCAAUGGGAUGUUUGUGGAAUACACAUGUAACCCUGGCUAUAAUCUUACAGGAGAGAGAACUAUUUAUUGCACAGACUCCGGCACAUGGUCUUCACCUACCCCUCUUUGUACAGGAUGUCUUGCACCUCCACAGAUUGCCAAUGGCAGAAUUGAGACUGAAAUUCUGGGUGAUGAUUUCCCUUUUGGCUCAUUGGUAACUUACCAUUGUGAUCCUAGCUAUUUUCUCAAUGAAUCAGCAACAAUACAGUGCCUAUCUUCUGGAACAUGGGAUCAGCCAGCCCCUCACUGCAAAAGCAAACAAGAAGUUCAGUGCCAGAAACCUCCACAUGUCCAUAAUGGAAUUCAUAGCAAGCAAGAAGUAGCAAUCUUUACCAGUGGGAUAUCUGUGGAAUAUACAUGUGAGCCUGGCUACAUUAUUACUGGAGAAGCAACUAUUUAUUGUACAGAUUCAGGCAUGUGGUCUUUCCCCACUCCUCGCUGUAAAGAAGUACAAUGUCCCCUCCCCCAAGAUGUGGAAAAUGGGAUUCGCAAUAAUCAAGAAACUGCAAUAUUCACCCGUGGAAUGUUUGUGAAAUAUUCAUGUGAACCUCCCUAUACUCUUAUCGGAGAGGCGACCAUUUAUUGCACAAAUUCUGGCACGUGGAAUCCUCCUGCCCCUUGCUGUAGAUUUACACACUGUCCAACACCCCCAGAAAUUGCUCAUGGGAAGUAUAUUGGAAAAGACUUCACAUAUGGAAAGACUGUCACAUACAUUUGUGAAGCGGGGUAUUCUCUCAUUGGAAAUGAUGAGGUUACUUGUAUUUUAGAAGACUCGAAUUCUCUGAACUGGACUGAGCCUCCAAAAUGCAAAGUGGUAGAGUGCUCCACACCUCCAAAUGUUCACCAUGGUAAAUACAAUGGCUUGGAAACAACAAAAUACACUAGUGGACAAUUUGUAAAAUAUACCUGUGAACCUGGUUAUGUACUAAAAGGAGAGGCAAUUAUAUAUUGCACAGCUUCCGGAGAGUGGAGUUUCGCUGUACCAUACUGCGAAGAAAUUCGAUGUCAGCAACCCCCACAUAUCCAAAAUGGCACUUACAGCAACCUGGAAGCGGAAGCAUUUAGUAGUGGGAUGUCUUUAAGCUACACUUGUGAGGCUGGCUACAUUCUCACUGGAGAGGCAACUAUAUAUUGCACCGAGUCUGGUUCAUGGAGCCCACCUGCCCCUCGCUGUGAAGCGCUGCAGUGUCCCCCUCCUCCAUCUAUUCCCAAUGGUGACCGUAAUAGUAAUGGCUCAACCAGUUUUGAUGUUGGAGAAUAUAUGAAUUACACUUGUCACCAAGGUUACUUGCUACGUGGGACAGACUCCAUUUAUUGUACAACGUCUGGAGCAUGGAGUCAACCCCUGCCUCGAUGUGAAGCUAUGCAUUGUCCUUUGCCACCAAGAGUUGUCCAUGGGGAAUACAUAGGAAAAAACUUCAAAUAUGGGAAGUCUGUAAUAUACAUUUGUGAUGCAGGCUAUUCCCUUGUUGGAGAUCAUGUGGUUACCUGUGUUUUAGAAGGAGCAAACUCUGUGAACUGGACGGAACCUCCAAAGUGCAAAGGAUGCCUUGCACCUCCAGAGAUUGACAAGGGAAAACAUCACAACGAUUCUGGAAUCCUGAGAGAUUUUCCUUAUGGCUCCUCAGUGACUUACUAUUGUGAUGCAGGCUAUUUUCUUAUUGGAGCAGCAACAGUGUACUGCCUGUCUUCUGGAAUAUGGGAUAAACCUGUCCCUCAGUGUAAAGAUAGACAAUCUUACUAUGUUCCUGCUGCCAUAGGAUUUGGAUCUCUAUUUGGUGUCCUGCUUUUGGUGAUUUCUGCUGGUAUAUGGAUUAUGGUUUCAAAACGGAAAAAAGUCAGCAAAUAUGUUCCUGGAAAAAAUAAAAUAUAUAUAGGUCCGGACAGUCAUGUUCAAGAACAGUCAAGUAUACCCCUCUGAAGGAAAAAUAAAUGUCUGAUUUUUAUAUCAACAGGUGGAAGUUAUUUUCCAACAAUCCUCUAUUUUUCUUUACAUUGAAAGCAAACAGCUUGCUAUACUUUUUUUA